CUUGUCUUUUAUACCAUCACCCUCACCAUCGCACAAAGUAUAGCUAGGACCAUAGAUGCCAGCUUAUUACUAUGCUCUUUUCUUCCUUCUAAUUUUUAGUAGGGUUGAAGGUAUAGUACGACAAUACUAUAUUGCAGCGGUGGAAGUCGAUUGGGACUACGCUCCAGCUCAUUUCGACAAGUACAACGACAAACCAUUAGCUGACACAAUAGCUGCAAACUUCACUGUUCGGACGAAAGAUAGAAUAGGUUCAACAUACAGAAAAGCUGUAUACAAAAGGUACACAGAUGACACUUUUUCCAAUGUCAUCACCUCGGACCCCUCGUUCGGCUUUCUCGGGCCUAUAAUUCGAGGCGAAAUGGGAGAUCAAAUUCGGAUAAACUUUUACAACAAUGCAAGCAAGCCUUUUAAUUUGCACCCAUAUCCUUCAAAAGGCAAAAGCGACAUCAAAACCUCUGAUCCUGUCCAACCAGGCGAUCGAUAUAUUUACGUCUGGGAUGUACCUACAGUAAGCGGUGAGGCUAUAGGCAACUUCUCAUCUACUCUAUGGACGUACCAGUCUUUGGUAGACCCUCAGCACGACCUUCAGACUGGCCUCAUAGGACCUUUGGUUGUCUAUAAAAAGGGCAUGCUUAUGGAUGAUUAUCUUUCCCGACCAGAAUCGAUUGACCGAGAAAUUUUCACCAUCAUGAUGAUUACAGACGAAAACAUCUCUCAGUACAUUUCCGAGUCAGCAAAAGCUGCCAAUAUACCAGACCAGCGACUGAAAGAACUCCUAAAGAACAACGAUUUCAUAGAAUCCAACAAAAUGUACCAUGUCAAUGGGUUUGUGUUCAAUAAUAACCCUGGCAUACAUUUACCACUGGGAUCAAAAGUGCGGUGGUACGUGAUAGCCUUCGGUCUCAACGAAAAAGAUCACCAUACAGCCCACUGGCAUGGCGGCACACUACUUAAAGGAGGACACCGAGUGGAUGUGGUAGACUUGCCUUCGUCGUCAUUCGAAGUUCUAGAUAUGGUACCUGAUAACCCUGGUCAAUGGUUAUUUCAUUGCCAUGUCGCCAAUCAUCUUAUGAACGGCAUGUCAGCAUUUUAUCAAGUUGAUGAACCAGAAACUGGCGACAGCGAAGGAGGAUAGCUAUAUACCAUCGCGCGUUUCUUUAAAUAGAUAUUUAUAUGUAGAAUAAUGUAGUACGGAUAGAGAAUACCAAUUGUAAAUAC